AUGCGUCCUCGGCCGAACAGUGCGCAACAACAUCAGUCUUUGGGUGCAACCAUCAUCAUUCCUCAAUCGACAGCAACAGUUCGGUCUCCAGGUGCAGCCAACACUAGUCCUCAGUCGGGUGAUGUUGGGUUGUGGUUAGAAGAGAUAAAUUUGGGAAGUUAUCGUCAAAUAUUCAAAGAAAUUGGUAUAAAUGGGGAAUACUUACAAAGCAUGUCAAUGUUCACGACAGAACAUAUACUUAGGUUUAUAAGACAAUGUCACAUGAAAUGGGGUGACUUUAUAACCCUUUGCAAGGAACUGAGGCGAAUUAAAGUGGCUUGUUUGAAAGGAGAACAAAGGGUACGAAGGCCAUGGUGGGCACCUCCUUGUUUGGCGGUUGUUUUCAUCAAGUCUGCGAAGAAUAAUCGGCAAGCCAAAGUUGUGUCGCUGAAGCUUGAACCUUAA